AUGUUAUUCGAGGUAACGACACGAAAUGAUUAUUAUAAUAACAACAAAAUUAUAGAAACUCUUUUCUUAGACGAGGUGUCCAUCGCGCAGGAUUUUCAAGGCAUCUUUCUACGUUUUUACUCUGGGACAACUAUGAAUGAAUAUGUCGAUUAUAACUUGGGCAAUGCUAGUUUGCUAUCAUCUAAAAUAGUCGACAACAAACCGACAGUGAUGUAUAUUCACGGUUUCACGGAAAAUCUGAUGAAAAACAGCGUGAAAACAGUGGUGGGAGCUUACUUGAAGAGAAACGAUCACAAUGUCAUCGGAGUAGACUACGGUGUACUGGCAAACGAUUCGUACAUGACUGUGGUGAAGAAUGCCCCUAUCGUUGGAGCUGGCGUCGCGAUGGCUCUCAACGAGAUGGUAAAUUCGGGUUUCAAUCCAGAGAAAUUGCAUAUUGUUGGACACUCUAUGGGCGGCCAAGUCGCGGGUUACAUUGGCAGAAAAGUCAGUUUCCAGAUUUCUAGAAUUACAGGAUUGGAUCCUGCUGGACCCUUCUUCAAUAUUCUGGAGCCUCGGCUUUCACAUUCCGAUGCCCGUUUCGUCGAUAUUAUACACACGGAUUCUGGAUUUUAUGGCAUAGCUAAAGCUACAGGCACAGUGGAUUUCUUCCCGAACGGUGGUCGUCGUGUACAGCCUGGUUGUCCUCUGAACGCCACAUUCUACAGCGAUGCUGAAUUCUGUAGUCAUGGUCGUUCCUGGAAAUACUACGCUGAGUCCGUAACUGACGAGUCUGCCUUUUUCGGUGUACAGUGUCCUUCGCAGUCUCGUUUUACCACCGGCGAGUGCAAUAACAACACGCGAAUCAUCAUGGGCUACGGCACCUCGAACAGCGCACAAGGAAACGUUUAUCUACUGACAGCCGCGCAGAGUCCUUUCGGCUUACGGGAAAAAGGAGCUGAAGAGAGCACACAACAGCAGAACUGACAGUAUUACAUUAAAUUUCAUGGAAAAAAAUAAUGAUACCGCAGAAGAUCUAGGAUAAUAAACCCUCAUAUUAGCAUAAAAAAA